CAUUAGAAAGGAUACCCCAGUCAGACUGAUAUCUCUUUCCAGGGGUUUCUGUUCAAGAGGGCAACAUAAAAUAAUGUGAACACACUAGAAUAUUCCAGACAGUAUGUCUGUCUAUAACGCUCACCUGUAUACAGACCAAGUUUGUUUUUUAAGGUUGUUUUUAGUGUGUUUUCUUGUAGUGGAUAAAGGCUACUGUUUAUUUUUAUUUUUUGAUCGGUAGUGAGUUUGCGUUAAAGGACAGCGACUUUUUCUGAUGCCGCUGCCUACAGAUCAGAGACUUUUGAGGCCCGUAAUGAGCAGUUUGUGAGGUGCCUGUGUCGCUCCAUUUUUAACCCUUAGCAGAUCGAGUUGCUGGCCCCAGAAUAGACGCCGCUUUGUUGCGAGCUGUCCCAGAAGAAGGCUGGUCCUCGGUGAACCAUGGCCCAGUACGACCAGCUGGACGAUAAGGACUCUCUGGACAUCCAUGACAACCCGCCAGCUCCGGACAACGUGGUGAAAGAGGAGGACAACACGGUGUACUUCAUCUACGACGAAGAGGUUGAGGAAGAGGAGAAGGAGGAGCCCCCCCCCGCCGAGCCGGUGAAGCCGGUGAACGACAAGCCACACAAGUUUAAGGACCACUACUGCAAGAAGCCCAAAUUCUGCGACGUGUGCGCGCGCAUGAUCGUCCUCAAUAACAAAUUUGCUCUGAGAUGUAAGAACUGCAAGACCAACAUCCACCACCAGUGCCAGUCCUAUGUGGAGUUCCAGAGGUGCUUCGGGAAGAUCCCUCCUGGUUUCAGACGGGCCUACAGCUCUCCCCUCUAUAGCAGCCAGCAAAAUGCCACCGUGAAAGAGCUGCUGCCAUUCUCGCAGUCCAACCGCACGGACCCUGUGUUCGAGACGCUGCGCAUCGGGGUCAUCAUGGCCAACAAGGAGCGCAAGAAGGGCUCGGAGGACAAGAAGAACAUGAUGAUGAUGAUGAUGGAGGAGGAGGAAGCCCAGCAGCCCAAAUCAGAGGAAGGGGGUGGGGAGGGCGCAAACCCGGAAGGGGAUAAGAAAGGAGACAAAACGACAGCAGAUGACAAGAGUAAGAAGCCUCAGCCCGGGAAGCUUGGCGUGUUUUCUCAGUCCCAUUACUACCUGGCUCUCUAUCGCUUCAAGGCCGUAGAGAAAGACGACCUGGAGCUCCAUCCUGGAGACAGGAUCACAGUGAUUGAUGACUCUAAUGAGGAGUGGUGGAGGGGCAAAAUCGGGGAGAAGACCGGCUUCCUGCCCGCCAAUUACAUCAUCCGCGUGCGCGCGGGCGAGAGGGUGUACAAGGUCACGCGCUCCUUCGUGGGAAAUCGGGAGAUGGGGCAGAUCACGCUCAAGAAAGACCAGAUCGUUGUGAAAAAGGGGGAGGAGGUGAAUGGGUAUCUGAAAGUCAGCACCGGACGGAAGCUGGGUUUCUUUCCUGCCAACCUGCUGCAAGAGAUCUGACCCCCCUGGACUGGAACCAAAACCUGAACCUGAACCUCUGACCCCCUGGACUGGAACCAAAACCUGAACCUGACCCUCUGACCCCCUGGACUGGAACCAAAACCUGAACCUGAACCUCUGACCCCUGAACUGGAACAAAAACCUGAACCUGAACAUCUGACCCCUGGACUGGAACAAAAACCUGAACCUGAACCUCUGACCCCCUGGACUGGAACCAAAACCUGAACCUGAACCUCUGACCCCCUGGACUGGUACCAAAACCUGGACAGAAACCUCUGACCCCCCUGGACUGGAACCAAACCCUGAACCACUGACCCCCUGGACUGGAACCAAAACCUGAACUGGCAAUAACUGAAAUGGAACCUCUAACCUUCGCCAGACUGGAACCAAACCCUGAACCGGAUCCUCUGAUCCCCCCUGGACUGGAACGAAAACCUGGACCGGAACCUUCCACACCCGACC